AUGACGACGACGGCGAGCAGUAUUCGCUCUCAGCACAGUACACACAACAGCCAUCAUGAACAUACUACCAGGUAUCAGUCUUCCACGGGGAGUGGAAUUGGUAAUGCUGGGGAGAAAGAAGGAGGAGAAGAGAAAUGGUACAAAAUCCAUCUCUUCCGCGGCAUGAUUCAGGAUGUUAAGCGCCGUGCUCCGUUCUAUUGGAGUGAUUGGACUGAUGCGUGGGAUUAUCGCGUUGUGCCCGCCACGGUGUAUAUGUAUUUUGCUAAUAUUCUUCCUGCGCUGGCUUUCUCGUUGGAUAUGUUUGAGAAAACCAACCAGAGUUAUGGCGUUAAUGAGGUCUUGCUGGCGAGUGUGUUGGCUGCGGUGGUGUUUUCGGUCUUUGCGGCUCAGCCGUUGGUUAUUGUGGGUGUUACUGGACCUAUUACUGUGUUUAAUUACACGGUUUAUGAUAUCAUCUCCCCCCGGGGAACGAAUUAUUUGGCGUUUAUGUGCUGGAUUGGGAUAUGGUCGUUGAUCAUGCAUUGGCUGCUUGCCAUUACCAAUGCUUGUAAUGGUCUCACUUAUGUCACCCGUUUCUCGUGCGAUAUCUUCGGUUUCUAUGUCGCCUUUAUCUACCUCCAGAAGGGUAUCCAAGUCCUCACUAGGCAGUGGGGAACCGCUGGUGAGACUUCCGCAUACCUCAGUAUCAUGGUCGCCUUGCUAGUGCUUAUGAGCGGCUGGAUCUGUGGCGAGCUUGGUAAUAGCAGUCUCUUCAAACGGUGGAUUCGCAAGUUUCUGGAGGAUUAUGGCACGCCCUUGACCAUUGUGUUCUUUACUGGGUUUGUUCAUAUCGGCCAUAUGAGGGACGUCGAGGUGGCGAGACUGCCCACUAGCAAGGCAUUUUUCCCGACAGAAGAACGCCCGUGGCUGGUUCAUUUCUGGGAUAUCAAUGUCGGCGAUGUUUUCCUUGCUAUUCCGUUUGCGGUGCUGUUGACGAUUCUAUUCUAUUUUGAUCAUAAUGUCUCGUCUCUCAUCGCCCAAGGAACCGAGUUUCCUCUGCGCAAGCCAGCCGGCUUCCACUGGGACCUCUGGCUACUCGGAAUCACCACCUUCGUGGCCGGUCUCCUGGGUAUCCCCUUCCCCAACGGUCUCAUCCCCCAAGCACCCUUCCACACGGCCGCUCUCUGCGUCACCCGCGACGUCGCCGACGAAGACGACACCAACAAAGGCAAAGCCAUCCGCGUCACCGACCACGUCGUCGAACAACGCGUCAGCAACUUCGCCCAAGGCCUCAUGACCCUCGGCACCAUGACCGGCCCUCUGCUCAUUGUUCUGCACCUGAUCCCCCAAGCCGUCCUGGCCGGCCUCUUCUUCAUCAUGGGCGUCCAAGCCCUCCAAGGCAACGGCAUCACCCAGAAACUCAUCUUCCUCGCACAAGACAGCGGUCUCACGCCAGCAUCCAACCCGCUCAAGCGCAUUAAACGCCGUCUCUCCAUCUGGGUGUUCGUUAUCCUGGAGCUGAUCGGCUUCGGCGCCACUUUUGCCAUUACACAGACUAUUGCUGCCAUCGGUUUCCCGGUUAUUAUCCUGCUGCUUAUCCCCGUCCGCUCGUUCUUGUUCCCCUGGUGGUUUACACAGGAGGAAUUGUCCAUUCUGGAUGCCCCGACUGCUAGUCCAUUCACUAUGGAGAGUGUGGGCGGGACGCAUGGGCUGAGUGACGCUGCUGCUGCUGCUGCUUCAGGUCGGGAUGAUGAUCGUCGUGAUUCGAAGAAUGGGGGUGGUGGUGAUGGGGUUAUGAUGCGGAGGGAUGAGAGCUCGUCGGAGUCGGCUGUUGAGGAUGAUUUGGAGCGAGGUGAGGCGUAUGAGAUGCAGAGGUUGGGUGUAAGGCGGAGGAGUACGACUGGUGGGGUGGAGUAG